UGGGAAUACGUAAAGGCUUUAAAUACGUGGCCUCUCUCCAUUCCUCACCACAUUUAAUUUCACAGUAAAGAAUCAAUUUACAGAUGUCGCUCAAAGUUUAUGUAGAUCGCUUGUCUCAGCCUUCUCGUGCUCUUCUUAUUUUCUGCAAAUCAAAUGGAAUUGAAUUUGAGGAGGUCCCUAUUGAACUUUCCAAAGGCCAACAUCGCUCUCCUGAAUUUGCAGAAAUUAAUCCCAUGAAGCAAGUUCCAGCCAUAGUUCAUGGAUCGUUUAAGCUUUUCGAGAGUCAUGCAAUUCUAAGAUAUCUAGCUUCUGCAUUUCCAGAAGUUGCUGAUCAUUGGUAUCCAAGUGACCUGCAGAAAAGAGCAAAAAUCGAAUCCGUCCUGGAUUGGCACCACUCUAACUUACGCCGUGGUUCAGUUGGCUAUGUCCUUAAUUCUACACUGGCACCUGCACUUGGGUUGCCUUUGAAUCCACAAGCAGCAGCAGAAGGUGAGAAGGUCCUUUCAGCAUCUCUUGCAAAGAUUGAUACCUAUUGGCUGCAGAAAGAUGGAAGCUUUUUGCUUGGAAAUUCCCAACCUUCCAUUGCUGAUCUUAACUUAGUGUGUGAGAUUAUGCAACUUGAGGUUGUUGAUGAGAAGGAUCGUGACAGGAUAUUAAGUCCGCACAAGAAUGUUUUGAAGUGGAUUGAUGAUGUAAAGAGUGCAACAGCACCUCAUUUUGAUGAAAUACAUGCAACCCUCUUCAAAGUUAAAGAGAUUUUCCAGAAGCAGCGAUCUGCUGGAGCAAGCACUUAGACCUGAUCAAGCAAACGACCUUUAUCUGCAUUUGAUCAAUUUUAAGCCAUGUUGAACCAAUUACUACUAGGUUAAGGCUUGCAUAUGCCCGCAGUAUGAACAUUUCCUUAGUAUAAAAGAAUACAGUAUGUUGUUUGCUAUUAUUCUCGAAACUCAGUGACAUUAAUAAUCUUCUUAAUUGAAGCUGUUUCUAUUCUACGCA